UAUAGAUAUACCAAGGCCGUCCAGCACAAGGCGGUCCUCGUUCGUCCCCAUUCGGCUGGCUGCUUUCUUUUGACGGAGGAGGCGGAGCCCAGCCCACCACCGUGAGCGCAACGCCCCGCUAGCUGCCGGUGGAAACCGACACCCAACGCCAACGGUUCCUCCCGCUCGCCGGGGCCGGGGAAGCUAGUCAUCAGCGGCCGUGAUGGCUGCGGCGCUUCUGCUAGCGGUGCUCGCGGUGGCAGCUGCGGCGACGACGGAGGCGUCGGCGUCGGCGUUCGCGGUGGCGUCCAACUCCAGCGCGACGGUGGUGGCGGGGAAGCUGAACGUGCACCUGGUGCCGCACUCCCACGACGACGUCGGGUGGCUCAAGACCGUCGACCAGUACUACGUCGGAUCCAACAACAGCAUCCAGGGCGCGUGCGUGAUGAACACCCUCGACUCCGUGGUGGACGCGCUCGCCAAGGAUCCCGCACGCAAGUUCGUCGUCGUCGAGCAGGCUUUCUUCCAAAGGUGGUGGGCAGAGAAAAGCCCCACAAUCCAGGCCAUAGUCCACAAACUUGUAGAUUCUGGGCAGCUCGAGUUCAUAAAUGGUGGGUGGUGUAUGCAUGAUGAAGCUGCCGUGCAUUACAUUGACAUGAUUGAUCAGACCACACUUGGUCACCGAAUGAUCAAGAAACAAUUCAAUAAAACUCCAAGAGCUGGCUGGCAAAUUGAUCCUUUUGGUCAUUCCGCAGUUCAGGCUUAUUUGCUUGGAGUAGAGCUUGGCUUUGAUUCUGUACAUUUCGCAAGAAUUGAUUACCAAGAUAGGAAAACACGGAAAGCAGACAAAGGCCUCGAGGUUAUAUGGCGUGGCUCAAGAACUUUCGGUUCAUCUUCACAGAUCUUCACCAAUGCCUUCCCUGUCCAUUAUAGCCCACCAGAUGGCUUUGGCUUUGAAGUUUUGGAUGAAAAUAUCAUACCUGUUCAGGAUGACCUGUCACUGUUUGACUAUAAUGUCCAAGAACGUGUAAAUGAUUUUGUUGCUGCAGCCUUAGCACAGGCAAAUGUUACACGUACAGACCACAUAAUGUGGACCAUGGGGGAUGAUUUUAACUAUCAGUAUGCUGAAUCCUGGUUCCGAAAUAUGGACAAACUUAUCCAACAUGUGAACAAGGACGGCAGAGUGCAUGCAUUGUAUUCUACUCCGUCUAUCUACACGGAUGCUAAACAUGCAUCAAAUGAAUCUUGGCCAGUAAAAUACGAUGAUUAUUUCCCCUAUGCUGAUUCAACAAAUGCAUACUGGACGGGGUAUUUUACAAGCCGUCCAACUUUCAAGCGAUAUGUUCGAGUACACAGUGGAUAUUACAUGGCUGCACGUCAAAUAGAAUUUUUGGUGGGUGGAAGUUCCUUAGGAUUGUUCACUUCUAGCUUGGAAGAUGCAAUGGGAAUUGCCCAGCAUCACGAUGCAGUCUCAGGUACUGCAAAACAGCACACAACUGAUGACUACACUAAACGGCUUGCUCUUGGAGCAUCAAAGGUUGAAAAAGGUGUAAACACUGCUCUAACUUGUCUGACCAGCUCCAACGGAACAUGUGUAUCCUCUGCAAUAAAAUUUAGUCAGUGUCCACUUCUCAAUAUAAGCUACUGCCCUUCGACUGAGGAAGCAAUUUCAGCAACAAAGCAUUUAGUUGUAGUUGCUUACAAUCCUCUUGGAUGGGAACGUAGUGACUUCAUAAGGGUUCCUGUCAAUGAUCAAAACCUAGUUGUAAAAAGCUCUGAUGGAAAUAUUGUUGAGUCACAGCUAGUUGAGGUUGAUAAUGUGACAAGCAAUUUAAGAAAGUUUUAUGUGAAGGCUUAUCUUGGAAUCACAACAGACAAGGCCCCUAAGUAUUGGCUAAUAUUUCAAGCUUCUGUACCACCAAUGGGCUGGAAUUCUUACUUCAUUUCAAAAUCAACUGGAGCAGGAUACAACAAUACUGAGAAUGUCUCGACCGUGGUUUCUCCAAGUACCAGCACGAUUGAAGUUGGACCAGGACCUCUAAAGAUGUCCUUUUCAUCAGCAUCUGGACAACUCAAUAGAAUAUUCAAUUCUAUCUCAGGAGUGGAUUUACCAGUUCAACAAAGCUUUCUUUGGUAUAGAUCAAGCGAGGGUGAUGCCUCAGAUUCACAGGCAUCUGGAGCUUAUAUAUUUCGACCAGAUGGUAAUACACCAACUACAGUUUCAUCCUCGGUGCCACUGAAAGUUACCCGUGGACCACUGGUUGAUGAAGUGCAUCAACAAUUCAGCUCAUGGAUUUAUCAGAUUACACGACUCUACAAGAACAAGGAGCACGCAGAAGUUGAAUACACGAUUGGGCCAAUCCCUGUCGAUGAUGAUGUAGGGAAGGAGGUCAUCACACGGCUGACAGCAAAUAUGGUCACAAAUAGUACAUUUUAUACAGACUCCAAUGGAAGGGAUUUCCUCAAAAGGGUGAGAAACUACAGGGAGGACUGGAAUCUUCAAGUGACUCAACCAGUUGCAGGAAAUUACUAUCCGGUCAAUCUAGGAGUGUAUGUAGCAGAUGGAAAAUAUGAGCUAUCUGUACUUGUGGACCGUGCUGUCGGAGCAGCAAGCAUUCAGGAUGGUCAGCUAGAGAUUAUGCUACACAGGCGUUUACUUAAAGAUGAUGGCAGAGGUGUUGGAGAGCCACUUGAUGAAGUUGUUUGCGUGGAUCAAGAUUGCAAAGGGCUUACGGCCAGGGGCACUUACUAUGUCAAUGUUGAAAAGCUAGGGAAUGGAGCGCAUUGGCGACGUACAUGUGGCCAACAUGUCUAUUCACCCUUUCUCCUUGCUUUUACUCAUGAGGAUGAGACAAGCUCGAAGUCCUACAAUGUGGCCAAAGCUGGUAUGAUGGAUGCAAAUUACAGUCUUCCUGAUAAUGUUGCAAUUAUUACUUUGCAGAACCUAGAUGAUGGUACCACACUACUCCGCUUGGCCCAUCUUUUUCAAGCUGCUGAGGACCCAAAAUAUUCGGAGAUAGCAAAGAUUGAUCUGAAAAAGGUGUUCGGAAAGAGAACUAUCACAGAAUUGACGGAGACUAACCUUUCCGCAAAUCAAAAGAAGUCAGAGAUGAAGAAGCUCAACUGGAGGGUCAUUGGAGACACUGAAAGUGGUCCUGCCCCAGUAAAAGGUGGCCCACUUGAUAGUAGGGCUCUAGUCGUUGAACUAGGACCCAUGGAGAUACGCACCUUCUUGCUAAAGUUUUAAUGGCAGUUCUUGUGUUUGUAAACAAAACAAUAGUACAUAGAGAAAUUUCUACCAUUUGUUGAAGAAAAAAGAAUAAUAUAAAGUACCCAAAUUUUAGUUCAAAUAGGAUCAAGGACUUGGGUGAUGGAGGUACAUACCCACACCAAGUUUGUUCAUGUAAUGGUUACAUGUCUAAAAACGAAUUGGUUAUGGCGCUUUUGAUUAUCUAAAGCAGGUAUCUUCUUCCUAGGA